AUGGACUACUCGUAUCUGAAUCAGGCCGCGGCCGCGGCGGCCGCCGGCUUCGAAGCGUCCAGCUGCGCCCUGGCCGCCGGCGAGAUGCAAUGCAGCUACGGCGACCUGAGCUCGUGCUCGCAGAUGAGCCAGGCGGCUUAUCGCUACACCGCGGCACGGGCCGCCGGCUAUCCCGGUAACGCGGCCGCCGCCGGCGCCGCGGCCGGCGGCACCCCGCUUACGGCCCAUCAUACCGCGCAUUCCCACACCCACGCACACCACGGGGCCCACUCGACCCCGUGCUCCGUAAUGGCCGCCAGGUCCCAGGAAGUUCACCGGCACGCCGCCUCCAUCUUCCCGUCGGCCAUCAAUCUUCAGAGUGGUUUGGGGUAUAAAGCUUAUUCAGGGCAUGAUGGCCUCGCGGAGAAGAGGAAACAACGUCGGAUACGAACAACAUUUACGUCAGCCCAGCUGAAAGAACUGGAGCGUGCAUUCCAGGAGACACAUUAUCCAGAUAUCUACACCAGAGAAGAAAUCGCUAUGAAAAUCGAUCUGACGGAAGCCAGAGUACAAGGCUGGGAACUGGAGACGAUUCCGGGAGCCGAGGGGUUGCUGCAGUCGGUAGCACGGAGGGAUGAAAUGGGGAAAACAUUCGCCCGGGAUCUGGCGGCUGGUGUCGGGGCUGGGCUGAUACACAAGGGGCCCAUGCCAGAGUGUGCGCCGGUAUGGUUCCAGAAUCGGCGCGCGAAGUUUCGCAAGCAGGAAAGACUGGCCCAGCAAAAGUCGACGUCGCAGAGCGGCAUCGGGGUCGACAGCGGCGCGUCCAGUCCCGUGACCGGCACCGUCAAGGCGGAGGGACGCUCGCCGAGGAGUCCGGCGACGCCACCCGGUAGCUCGAACAGCGUCCUGUCGUCGAACGAGAUCAAGCCGAUCACCAACCAAAACCUGGUGAACGUGAAACACAGCGGGGACGGCACCGGCGACGGCGGCUCGCCCAACGCUCGCGGAAGCAGCGGCGGCGGCGGUACCUGGGGCUCCUGCAGUCCCAGGCCCUUCUCGGCGGCCUUGCCGCCCUACCUGCUGGACCCGUUGCCUCUCAAGACCGCGAAUCUUUAUUAA